AUGCUGAAAUUGACAAAUAGUGUUUGCAGAUAUUUAGUUUUUAAAUGUGACAAGGUUCACAAGGCUCAUGUGAGGAAUAUCUCACAUUUAACUAGUAAGUGGAAGCCAUGUGGUACCGAAUGUGUGAGCAUAAAAGUAACUGCACAGUUCCAUUCGACCCAACAGUUGCGACAACACGGCCACGGGAAGAAACGGCUGAAGAUUAAAAUUCCGCCUUUGGCCUCUAAUGAAACUCGCGAAGUUAGAGCGAUGAGUCAUCCAACGAAGCCGUCACGGCAGCACGCCAGCUGUGGGGGUGACUUCGAAGUUUCUGCGGAAACCGAUGACGAUUGGUGGCAGUACACGAGGGAGGCGGGAUACACGGGCGAUGGCCGGACACACAAUAUUCCACCGGACUUCAGGGUGUGGGAGGUUUUAGGAGAAGGGCACGAUCCUAGAUACGGGGCGACUUUUACAUUCAAAAUUCUAUCGUACAACGUUUUGGCUCAGUAUUUAUUGGAGUCCCAUCCUUAUUUGUAUACGGACUGCUCGCCUCGCGACCUCAAGUGGAAGAUCCGAGCCGCCCGCCUUUAUGACGAAAUCACUCGGAUGGCUCCAGAUGUUAUAUGUUUACAAGAGGUCCAAGUAUCACACUUGGAAAGCUUUUACUCUAAAUUUGAAAAGAUCGGUUAUUUUGGCGUAAUAAAGCAAAAGACGGGCCAUCGUCAGGACGGGUGUGCAAUCUACUUUAAAACAUCCAUGUUCCAAUUAACGGAUCAUGUGCACGUAGAAUUUUUCCAACCGGAAUUACCGAUCUUGAACAGGGAUAACAUCGGAGUGAUGGUAAAAUUAUUGCCACAUGAUCGUCCAUGCACGCCCAUCGUGGUCGCCACCACCCACCUGCUUUACAACCCUAAGAGAACUGAUGUCCGCAUCGCGCAGAUGAAAUUAUUUUUGGCCGAAAUUGAUCGCUUUGCUUACUUUAACAACGGCCGAGAAUGUGGCCACCUACCCAUUAUACUGACAGGUGACUUUAAUUCCACCCCCGAUAGUCCAGUAGUAAAGCUAUUGGACAGAGGCCGCGUAAGCGUGGGCCAAUUCCGCGAUGGUUCCGAUUGGCGACGCAUAGCCGUGACGGAUAAUUGCCAGCAUCUGUCUGUUAUUUUGGACAGACAGAUUAGACGGUUCACUAAUUUCAAUCAAACCCAAAUUUUCAACUCGAUUUACUCCUUCUAUGGCAAUUCGUGUGAGCACCCACCGCUUCCCGUCGAACAGUACAGCGGAAUGUUCAACACUGGCAUCAUUGGGCACUCCCUUAAUCUAUGCUCUGUAUACGAUCCUUACAUCGUGAAUGGGAGACUUGGAGUCACUACGUUCCAGGACUAUUGGGUCAAUGUCGAUUAUAUCUAUUUCAGCCGUUACAGUUGCUUGAACUUGAUUAAGCGUUUGCGAUUGCCCAACGAUAUCGACUGUUCGGUACUGGGCCGUCUGCCUAACCAAGUUUACGGGUCUGAUCAUCUUGCCGUGGCCGCCAUCUUUGAACUGCGACCCCCGCCCCAACAGUACCAAAUGCCCUUAUAG